AGUAUUGGGAUCAGAGCCAGGAUCCCUAAGAAUUCCUCACCUUGAAUCAAGGAUUUAUAUGAUAAUCAUCUCAGAUUUACUUCAUUUUAAAUAACAUUUAAAAAUAUAUUUGUCUCAAAGGCGUGUUUAAAAAGAGCACUUUCCAAUGCCUAAGAAUAGCAAAGUGGUAAAGAGAGAUUUAGAUGAUGAGGUCAUUGAGUCUGUCAAGGACCUUCUGUCCAAUGAAGACUCACCUGAAGAUGCUUUUAAGAAGAGUGAACUAAUCGUGGAUGUUCAAGAAGAGAAAGAUACAGAUGCUGAAGAUGGAUCUGAAGCUGAUGAUGAAAGGCCAGCUUGGAACAGUAAGCUGCAAUACAUUCUGGCUCAAGUUGGAUUUUCUGUAGGCCUGGGGAAUGUGUGGCGAUUCCCAUACCUAUGUCAGAAGAACGGCGGUGGUGCAUAUCUUUUGCCAUAUUUAAUACUCCUCCUGGUAAUAGGAAUCCCUCUCUUUUUUCUGGAACUUUCUGUGGGUCAAAGAAUUCGGAGAGGCAGCAUCGGGGUUUGGAAUUACAUAAGCCCUAAACUGGGCGGGAUUGGAUUCGCAAGCUGUGUAGUGUGCUAUUUUGUGGCCCUUUACUACAAUGUCAUCAUUGGCUGGACAUUGUUUUAUUUCUCUCAGUCUUUUCAACAACCUCUUCCUUGGGAUCAGUGCCCGUUGGUGAAAAACGCAUCCCGUCCUUAUAUUGAGCCAGAGUGUGAGAAAAGCUCCGCCACCACAUAUUACUGGUACAGGGAGGCAUUGGAUAUCACCAAUACCAUCUCAGAAAGUGGAGGCUUGAACUGGAAGAUGGCUGGCUGCUUGCUGGCUGCCUGGGUCAUGGUUUGUCUGGCCAUGAUCAAAGGCAUCCAGUCUUCUGGAAAAAUCAUGUAUUUUAGUUCUCUGUUCCCUUACGUGGUGCUCGUCUGCUUCCUAGUCAGAUCUCUCCUUUUAAAUGGUUCAAUUGAUGGCAUCCGACACAUGUUCACCCCUAAGCUUGAAAUCAUGCUGGAACCCAAAGUCUGGAGAGAGGCAGCGACUCAGGUCUUCUUUGCCUUGGGUCUGGGAUUUGGUGGAGUCAUCGCCUUUUCGAGCUACAACAAGAGAGGCAACAACUGCCACUUCGAUGCUGUCCUAGUGUCCUUCAUCAAUUUUCUCACCUCUGUCCUGGCAACACUGGUGGUGUUUGCCGUCCUGGGGUUCAAAGCCAAUAUCGUAAACGAACGAUGCAUUUCCCAAAAUUCUGAGGCGAUCUUGAAAUUUUUGAAAAUGGGAAACAUCAGUUGGGAUGUCAUUCCCCAUCACAUUAACCUUUCAGCUAUCACGGCGGAAGAUUAUCAUUUAGUUUAUGACAUCAUCCGGAAAGUAAAGGAAGAGGAGUUUGCCGUUCUUCAUCUCAACUCCUGUCAAAUCGAGGAUGAGCUAAAUAAAGCUGUGCAGGGCACUGGCCUGGCUUUCAUUGCCUUUACAGAAGCCAUGACACAUUUCCCUGCAUCUCCCUUCUGGUCAGUGAUGUUUUUCCUUAUGCUGAUAAAUCUUGGGCUUGGCAGCAUGUUUGGAACCAUUGAAGGUAUCAUCACUCCUAUAGUGGACACGUUCAAAGUGCGGAAGGAAAUACUCACUGUUAUCUGUUGCCUCCUAGCAUUUUGUAUUGGCCUGAUAUUUGUGCAGCGUUCUGGAAAUUACUUUGUCACAAUGUUUGAUGAUUAUUCUGCUACGUUGCCUCUGCUAAUUGUGGUCAUCUUGGAGAAUAUUGCUGUAAGCUUUGUUUAUGGCAUAGAUAAGUUUAUAGAAGACCUAACGGAUAUGUUAGGCUUUGCGCCAAGCAGAUAUUACUAUUACAUGUGGAAAUACAUUUCCCCUUUAAUGCUAUUAACAUUGCUAAUUGCUAGCAUUGUGAAUAUGGGAUUAAGUCCUCCUGGCUAUAACGCAUGGAUCGAGGAGAAGGCCUCAGAAGAAUUUCUGAGCUACCCGAUGUGGGGGAUGGCUGUUUGCUUCUCUCUGAUGGUGCUUGCAAUACUCCCUGUCCCGGUUGUUUUUGUCAUUCGUCGCUGCAACCUCAUAGAUGAUAGUUCUGGUAACUUGGCCUCUGUGACUUACAAGAGAGGAAGAGUCCUGAAAGAGUCUGUGAACUUAGAAGGAGAUGAUGCAAGCCUCAUUCAUGGGAAGAUACCAAGCGAAAUGUCAUCUCCAAACUUCGGUAAAAAUAUUUAUCGAAAACAAAGUGGUUCCCCGACACUGGACACCGCUCCCAAUGGACGCUAUGGGAUUGGGUAUUUGAUGGCAGACAUGCCCGAUAUGCCGGAGUCAGACUUGUAGCUGAAAUGAGAGCACACGCUG